GUAGGGUUUAGGGUUUAGGAGAGAUCUGUCGCGGAGAGAAGAGAGCCACGAAGGAGAGAUCUGUCGCGGAUCGGAAGCCUCAAACCCUUGAGAUCUACUCCCUCUCUGUUAACGGCGUGUGUUGUGGGUUUGAGUGGGAAGGACGGUAUGGCACCAGCUGCAGAUCCUACCCAGCCGCAGCAGCCAAUGCCACUAGUAGUGGGACAGCCAGCCGCGCUGCCGAUGCCUGUGGUAGUGGCGGGACCGCCGCAAACAGCGGAGCCGGGGGGAGAUAACAUAUGGCGAGGUGAACUGCAGCUCACCGCACCGGAAGCGCAGAAAGCGAAGAUGACAUUCUGUGUGCGGGCGGGCGGUUGUGUGUGUGGCAUGCAGGUCGCUGGAGUGACGGCCUGUGCGGCUGUUUCUCCGACCUGCCCAGCUGCCUCCUUGGCACCCUGGGGACAGUUUGUUUGCCCAUCUUGGGCUGCCUCAAGGUGAGCUGAAUGCGAAAGACAGGUGCCAAAGACUUCUUUCUCAUUCUCUUUCUCCAUCUGGUGGCUGGUUCUGCUCUGCACUAACAGGCGUGGCCACUGGCGCAGGUGAAGGUUCUGUCGUCCCGCGUUGGUGUGUUUCUGUUCGUGAUGGUGUUCGGCUGCCUUGGCGUGGCAGCCAUUUUCUUCCCCAUCUGGAUGAUCACGCACCCCAUCAGCUCGUCCAGCUACGCCUACCGAAGCCCAGAUGGAAGCUCCUGGGGCUACGGAUAUCGCGCGGAGCUCAACUUCGUGUGGCUCUUGCCCAUGUUGGCCAUCAUCAUCCUGCUGGCUGUUCUCAGUCUUGUCUACCGCACCAAGCUUCGCAGGUCAGUCACAUAGUGGGCCCGAAAUGACCAAUCAGCGGGUGUGUGUAUGUGCUGGUUGUUUCGUGUGUCCGUCAUGUAGGCAUUACGACAUCGAGGCGGGCGACGGCUGUGCCGACGCCACAGCCGACGCCCUUCUCGUCUUGUUCUGCUUGCCGUGCUCCAUCUGCCAGGAAUACAGGCAAGCCAGCGAAAUGCCGACACAGUAAUGCUCAGGCCGUCCGUAAGUGUGCUUCUGUCUUAUUGUUCAGGCAUGUGUUGAGGGCCUGUGGAUUCAAGAAGGACAUCUUCCCUCGGGUCAUGGCUCCGGUUCAGUAUCACAAUGGGAUGGCAUACGUGUGGGCGCGCCCCCAGCAACAGACAGAGACUCAAGUGUAGUCAGUCCUGAAGGCCACGAUGAGACGGCUGGGCAUGCAUGGCUGUUAUACGUGUGAGUGCGUCAGGUGUGUUUUAUUGUCAUGGUGUUCUCUUCUGCGCGUAUAUCUGUCUACUUUUACUGGCCAUCUAUGGGCUGUCGAAUUUCUCGUGCAGUGUUUUUCGACGGGGGGGCAUGGUCGCCUCUCACAUGCAUAUGUGCCGUCACUGAUAAUGGAUGGACACAGGCAUGCUUUUCGAGAUGUGCGCAAGAGCCACACAGAUCGACGCAUGGCUGCGUAUUCCCGUGUGUGUAAAUGUCUGCCUGUCUUGCUUGCUGUGUCUGCGAGAUCCCAUGGUACAUGUGUCGGCUUUGCUCUGCCUGGCGCGCAAUGGAGCCAGCGUUUUCUUAACCCUUCUAGUGAGCAUUUUUGCAUGGCACCUGUAGGUAAGUUGCCGAGGUGUGCGCGGUACUAUGUUUUUCUCUUCCGUACCGAGUUGUUGGCUUGCAUCGAUGGGCAUAAGUUCGUUUUCGUUGGCUGACGUCAGGGUGCGAUGAAUGGCUUGGUUCAUCAGAUUCUGAUUCUGCACAAACCCCACUCAUCACGCUGGAACUCAUGAAUGUGGACGAGUAGCAGUGAGAGAUAGCC